UACGUUAUGGACAUUGCAUACACUACGUGACCUCCUCUUACAACAUAACUCUUGCAUGUAUUAAUAAGCAUUGCAAAGUCUUAACUAAUCGUUCCUCCUAAACCAAACAUGUCUACUUUUCUAAGGAAGAAGCUACACCUCUGCUUCUCCUCCUCCGGUGUUGUAUCACCGUCUAUUCCUUCUUCCCCGAUCGUCGUACCCAAUCACAACCCUCCAUCUCAUCAUCAUCAUCACACUCCCUCAAUCUUCAUCAACAACUUCAACUCUCUAUACGACCACCUCUCUGUUUCCUCUCCUCUCCACCGUAACGAUAAAUUCACCUCCGUCGCCGCCGCAUUGACCACUCCAAAAUCCGGCGAAAUUGGAUCCAGUUUGUUCAGCGGUGGAUUGCAUCCGUCUCCGCGUAGAGCUGACGACGAAGAAGAUGAAGAUGAAGAAGAUGAAGAUGAAAACUACGCCGUCGUGUCAAAGCUUUUAAGCGACGGAACGGCGAUAUUGAAGCACAUUGACUCACCGGAUCCGUGCAGAGAUUUCGGAAGGUCGAUGAGAGAGAUGGUGGAAGCUAGAGAUCCGACGAGAGACGACGUCUCCGAUAGAGAAUACUUGAACGAGUUGCUAUUUUGUUAUCUCUCCUUGAAUCCUAAACAUACUCACAAGUUCAUCGUCUCUGCUUUCGCCGAUACACUCCUCUGGUUACUUUCUCAGUCGUCAUCGCCGGAAUAUUAUCCUUUAUCCCAAUCCAUCUAAUUUAUUUAUUUCUCCGCUCUAUUUUUUUUAAUAUUUAA